AUGAACGUUAUGCGCAAGCUGCGCGGCGGCUCUGCCAACACUGGCGGCGGCAGUGGCAGCGGGAAUGCAUCAGGCAGCGGCAGUGGCAGUGGCAGUCCCAGUGCGCGUAAUGCCAGCGAAGACGCACUGCUGGAUGCACGUAUUCAGAUGAGUCUGGCCACACUGAAAAAGCUCUUCAAUGAGUACACGCAUCCCAAGGAACCGCUUAGCGAAACCGAACGCGAUGGCAAACUCUAUGAAAUGCUGCCAUUGUUUUGCAAAGUGUUCAGCAGCUGUCCCGCCAAUGAUAUGAGCGAAAAGUUCUGGGAUGUGGUCGCCUUUUGCCAACAGGUUUCCCGCCUCAUGGUCAGCGAAAUACGCAAGCGGGCAUCGAACCAAAGCACUGAGGCAGCCUCCAUAGCCAUUGUCAAGUUUCUGGAGGUGGAAACAACGGAGGACUCCAGUAGCGGUUGGUUGCUCUUGGCCACCUUGAAUCUGUUGGCCAAUGGCGAUGUCUCGCUCAUACAGGUCAUGACAGCAGCAGCUGUGCCCUCCACCCUGGUAAAGUGUUUGUAUCUGUUCUUCGAUCUACCACAAGUGGAGGACGAUGAGCCGCCUGCUGAAGGCGCAAGUGUCAGUGAUUUUAAUGCCCAUGAGCGUCGAACAUUGUUGCAAAAGGUAUUUGUGCAGCUGCUGGUGAAACUAUGCUCGUAUCCAUAUCCAGCUGAGGAGCUAGCUCGCAUGGACGAUCUAACGUUGCUCUUCUCGGCCAUCACCUCGCCCUGUCCCAUGCAGAAUAUCGUGUGGCGCAAGAAUGCGGCCGAGAUACUGACCACCAUCUCAAGGCAUGGCUUGACCGAUGCCGUUGUUACUUAUAUACAUUCCAAGGGUUGCAUGGCGCUAUGCGUGGACAACAUGCAACGUUUGACGUUUGGAAACCCGCUGGAAAUAGUCGAAAUGUUUGUCACCGUGUUCUGUUUUCUCAAGGAUUCUAGUCAAGUAUCACAGAUAUUAAUGGACGACUUUCGUGCCUCCCAAGGCUACGUAUUUCUCAGUGACUUUUUGCUCAAAUUCGAUAAUGCACGCAGUCAAACUCUGGAAAUCCAGGCAGCUAUACGCAAUCUGGUCCUGAUGAUCUCAUCCCUCUGCAUGUGCGGCUUCUACGAGCUUCGUCCGCCGGCUUCACAGUUCAACACGGUGUUCAAGCUGCAGAACUUUCAACUGCCACAGGCAAGUUCACGGGAGACGUGUGUGCGGAAUGUGUAUGCAUUUCAGGUACUGCAGACGGUGUUCCUGAAAUCCACAACGCCAGCAUUAUGUUGCACUAUACUGGAUGCCAUAUCUCGUGUGUAUCACUCGGAGAAUGCCAAUUAUUUCAUACUCGAAUCGGAGCAAACGUUGAGUACAUUUGCGGAGCGCAUUCAUCAGAAGAGUCCACAAAUUCAGGAGAAGUUCUAUGAUCUGCUCGAGUUUAUAGUCUUUCAACUGAACUUUGUGCCCUGCAAGGAGCUAAUCAGUCUGUCCCUGCUACUUAAACACAAUCAAUCCACCUCGUGCAGCAUCCUCUGCCUCAAAACGCUUCUCAACAUUUUGCGACACAAUAGCGUAUUCAAGGAUGUCUAUCGUGAGGUGGGAAUUCUAGAAAUCUUUGUUAGCUGCCUCAAUCGCUAUGCGGAUCAUGUGCGACACAUAACCGACGGUGAUGAAUCGCUUGUUGUCCAACCAAAAGCAGAGCAGCAGGAGGAUCUGUUCGACACGUUGGGCAAGCAUGUGUUGGAGGCACUCACAAUGCUCCUCGGCGGCGGUGCCAGCAAUAAUGCACAGUUGUUCCGGGAAUAUGGAGGAGCAAAGUGCAUCCAUGAGCUGGUUAAAUUCAAGCAUUGCCGACCACAGGCAUUGGGCAUCGUACGUGAGCUGAUACUCUCCGCAGGUGGAGACGACGACAUGCUCUAUAUACUGUCACUGAUGCACAGCAUCAAUCCGCAUCAGGUGGAGUUCAAAAUACAAAUACUCAACAUGCUGUUGGGCUGCCUCAAGGAUUCGCAUCGCACACGCACAGUUUUUCGCAAGGUUGGAGGCUUUGUCUAUCUGACCAGCGUCUUUGUCUCGCUGGAUGGGAGCAUGGCACAGUUACAGCCGGGCAUUGCCCAGCAGGAUCUCAUUCUGUUGCUACAAAUUGUCUGCCAGACGCUGACAACUGCAAUGCGCUUCGAGCCAGCGAAUGCCAAGUUCUUUCAUCAGGAAAUCUGCAACAGUUCACUGUGCGAUACGUUACGUCUCUUGGGCUGCUUCGGAAGCGACACAGCCCUACAGGAUUUUACCGGCACCUAUGAGCCCCAGCAGACGCUACUAAAGUACUACCAUGACGUAUUCAGCGGUGAUAUUUUGAGUUUCAGCUUUUCCGAGGAUAUUCCCAGCUCAUUGUCCUACAUCUGUGUGGUAUUCCGACUGCUGUACAGUAUUGCAUUGGAUAACUUUGAGUCGCCUAAUUUGAGUGGCGUCAUUACGCUCUUUAGUGACCCAACGCCACAUACGCGCUCACCCAGCAAGGAGCUAGCGGCGCCAGUGCAUCCCAGUCAGUUGAAUCUCACGCAACCCGCACCGGAGCCACGCAUUGUGCAUCCUGGAGUGGUGCUCUGUAUGCUACAGCUGCUGCCCGGCGUGCAACACGAUGAGGCGUCUCUCCAGGCUAUUCAGCUGCAGGUCUACCUAAGUGAGAUCAUUAAGUCCUUGGUUCGCAGCGAGCGCAAUCAACAGAUCAUGUGCGAUCACGGCCUGGCCGAGCAGCUGCUAAGGCUAACACAUCAUGCUCUGGCCGAGGAACUGCAUCCGCUGCACGUGCCUAUGCAGUAUAUAUUGGAACGACUGGCUGCCCAGGCACUGCAACCUACAGAACUGCGCCAGUUUCUGCGUCUGGGCGAACCCUUGUCCUGCUCGGACAUUGAUCUCCAGCAGCCGUAUCGACAGGGUGGCCCGGUGCCAUUGACGCGAAUUAAGACGCUCGUUUCGAUGACAACGCCAAGAGAUUUUCGUGCUCACGGCUCGAGUACGCUGCCGCCGUUUGUGGAACUGGACAUGUCUGCCGAGGGAUUUGGCUGUCUGUAUCUGCCAUCACUGGCGCCUCAGGCCACAGCCACAGCUGGAGGCACCAUUGAUGCCAACACCAUUGGAGGUAUCGGUGCAGGUGAUCGCAUCUUUCCUCCGCAAACGGGUCUCAGCUUCUCCACCUGGUUCUGUGUCGAAAAGUUCUCGGAUCCCAAGACAGAUCCACAUUGUGUACGCCUGCUGACUUUGGUUCGCUCCAUUCACAGUCCUCGCGAGGAAAAUUUAGCCUGUUUGUCUAUACUGCUCUCAGCUAGGGAUAAGGCUAUUGUGGUCUCCACACAGGAGACUCUGGUCACGCCCAGAAAAAGCAUUGGCGAUUGGGAGCCGGAGGGAUCGGAUGAUGGCAUUGCCCGCAUCUGGUGUCCAGAUUUAUUGCAUGAAGGACAAUGGCACAAUCUGGUUGUGGUGCUCAACCGUGCCGUGCUUAAGAACUCUAGUUUAUCCCUCUAUUUGGAUGGAGUGCCCAUGCACACACAGAAACUGCACUACAUUGCCCAACAUCCAGGCGCAACGACCGCCAAUCUUACAUCGGCAACACAAAUCUUUGGCUAUAUUGGCACACCACCCAUUUGGCGUCGGUAUUCUCGUCUCUGCUGGAAGCAGGGCGUCUGUCAUUUGCUGGAGGAUGUGCUCACGCAGCAGACAGUGCAGACCAUCUAUCAGCUGGGGCCGCACUACAUGGGAUCCCUGCAAGCUCCACAGUUGGGCAAACAAGCUGAGCCUCUGGCGCCUCUGGUGCCCGAAGAUCGGGUGCUUCUCGGACUAAAUGCGAAGGCCGUUUCAAAGUUAACGUUGGUCAAGAUACGUAAGGUUUACAGUCGUGCGGAUAACAAGAGCAUUGCCAAGCAGCUCAAUAUGAAUUCCCAUGAGAAUGCUACGCCCAUCAAAAUUCUGCACAAUUCGGCGGGUCACUUGGCUGGCGCAGGUCGCUCACUUGGAGGCGUUGUUGUGGGCUAUUUGGGAGUACGUGUGUUUAGCCCGCAUCCAGUUUCGGCGAUGAUUGACACCGUUGGAGGCUGCAAUGUGCUGCUGGGAAUAAUUGCCAUGGCACAGGAUGUGGAGUCGCUGUAUGCAGGUGUCAAAGCGUUGACCUGUGUGGUGCGGAGUAAUCGAGCGGCACAGGCGGAAAUGGAUCGCAAGCGAUGCUAUCAGACGCUGGGAAUGUUUUUUAAAAAGAAGAAGCAUUUGCUGAACUCGCACAUUCUGCACUUGACUUUUGGAUUGGUGGGCACCGUGAACAGUGGUCACGACAUGUCCGCCAUUCCGAAUGUGACUGCCUUUCAGGAUUUGCUGUGCGAUCUGGAGAUUUGGCAUAAUGCUCCAAAUGGAUUGUUGCGCUCUUUGUUGGAGCAUCUGCUGGAGCUUGUUGUGGAAUCGAAUGAGAAGAAGCAGAAUGUGAAGAUUAUGCGGGAUUUGCAGUUGCUGGUGAAACUGUUGCACAUUAUAACCCACAUUCAAGAUCAUUCCACACGCGAGAUACUCUUCAAUCUGCUAGAGACUCUGCUAGGCGGACAGCCCAGGCACACGGAUCUUCUGCUCUUCGGCCAGUACGUGGCCGCCAAGUUGCCUCGCAUGCAAGAUGCAAAUGCGGAACGUGCAGUAUUGUUGCCUAGCAUGAAGCAACAAGCUGAAGAUCAGGAUGGCACCGCCCAGAAUAUAUACUUGCGCAAUCGUUGCCUCUCGUUGCUCCACGGAUUGCUGUUCACGCCUCGCAACACCGUCAACUACGUCAUCUGCGAUGACAUCUCCAAGACACUUGGCAUGGACUGGUUGCUGCUCUUUAUGCAGCCCCAUGUCCACUUCACCACAGUCAUCAUUUCAGUCCGAAUCCUGGUGGUAAUCUGCGCCAAUGAAAGUUUCUUAGUUCGCUUUCGGGAUGCAACCCAUAAUGGAGGAUAUCUACGCUUUACAGAAAUGGUUUCACAACGCAAGAUGCUGGGAUUGGGCGCCCAGCAGCUCAAUCAGCGGCCCAGCAAUGGCACUGGCACUGUGAUCGUGGCCACGCCUCAAAAUACCAUACAGCAUUUGCCCACACAAAUUGCCGGAGAGGUGCGGGCGGCAGCAUUAAAUAUACCCGGUUUCCAGUUGCUCGAGUGGCUGAUGCAGCAUCAUUUGGAUGUGCCGGAGCUGUAUUUUCUUGUGACUGCACUGAUUAUGGGACAACCUGUAAAAGUGCUAGCCACGGAGCAUACGAAAUUCGAUUUGGAUCGCGUCUGGUCAUUUCUAUGGGGUGCGCCAGUCUCGGCCAAUACGCAGCUGCCCAAGUUGAAUGUCUGUCCCGAGGGCAUCUGUGUCCUGCUGUCGAUGGUGCGUGCCAUUGUGCAUAGCGGAGACUGCGCCUCCUGGUUACAUAGUCAUCCAGAGACAAUAAUUCAACUGCUGUUCAGUCUGUAUCAAAAUCUUAACGACUUUACACCCGUAAUGAUGGCUGGAGAUGUGGUCACCUCGCUGGUUGCGGUGCUUUUCCCGCAGGUUUCACGAUCUAGCGAUUCGCAGCCAAAUAGCGGUGCUUCCACGCCCACCGAUGGCACUGGCAGUAGCUUUGUCCUGCCCCCGCCGGAAUCCCUGCACGCUGCUGUUGCCAAUCAGCCGCAACUGACGGCACAUCCAGUGCGCAAGUGCAUCAUUGAUUUUUUGCGUGUGAUUGUUGUGGAUUCAUUGGGCCUCAACAUGCACGGCAAGAGCACGCCUGUCAUUGAUCUUGUGCUGGAUGCCGCACCGGAGUCGGCAGAAUUGCCACUACAGGUGCAAUACCAGACGCAGAUCAUCAUUGCCCUCAUGGAUCAUUUAUUGGCCGCGGAUGUGCUAGUUGGGGAACAGGCGGCGCUGCCGUUAGUGCCACUUCUGCAAAGUCAUACCCAACACAUUGCUCCGAAUGUCUUCUACCUGACAGCUCGAAUCGUGGACAAAUUAUGGCAGGGCUGCCUCACCAGGAAUCCCCACGAUAUCUUUGACUUUGUCAUCAAAUUGAUUGGUCAGGCCAAGCGACGUUCUUCAUCAUUGUCGCUGGAGCACCUGCAUCAUUCGCUGAAUCGCAGCAUUUUGUUUCUGCUUUCGCGUCCCACCGACGACUCCAUUGCCGAGCAGAUGAGUGUCCUGGAGGCACUUCACAAGAUCAUACAACAUCGUCUGCUCAUCUUUGGCGCUGGCAAUCAUGAGCUAGAGUUCAUUGGAUGCCUCACCUAUUGUCUGCUGCAGUUGACAGCUGAUAUGAAGAUCAUCCUGGAGCCGGCGACAAGCCGCAACACGACCUGGCAUGUCAACCCACAAACGGAGACCACCGAACCCAAAGACGAGGACCUCAAUCAGCUGCAGGGUCGCAAUCUGAUUGUGGGCGCCGCCUUUCGUGUCUGGGAAGAGCUCUACGUGUGUAAGAAGCCCGCCAUUGAGGAGGUCUUUAAGAUAUCGCUUACCCCACCUCAGGCCAACUCCAAGGCGCCCGAUUUGCAGACCACGCGGGAGCAGGUUAUGGAGCUGGCCUCUAAGCUGUGGUUUAAUUACGUGGAAGCCGAACGCAAGGCGUCCUAUCGCGUGCCCUGGGAGCUGCACAAUCAGAUCCAAUCCAAGAUACAGAAGGUAACCGGUGGACUCACCCGUUUGGCCAGUCGCACCAAGGUAAAGAAGGAUGAACUGGUGCGAACCAAGUCGAAUAUGAGCCGGGAGUCGGCAUACGAGUGCACUGGCAUUCAUGUCCAGCUGAUCAAGGAUCUGUUGGAGCUGCGCACUAAGCAAUAUCAGCAAAUGCUGCAACAUACGCAGCGUUACGUCUACCAGGAUUGGGUGCAAUCCGAAACGGAGCUGACACGUGAACGCGGUCUUUGGGGACCAGCGGGCUGUUGCUCCCUGGACAAGUGGAUACUGGACACCACCGAAGGACCGCAUCGCAUGCGCAAAAAGACGAUGCGCAAUGAUGUCUUUUAUCUGCAUUAUCCGUAUCGGCCGGAACUGGAGCUGGCCGACAAUCGGCAACUUAAGUAUAAGGUGGCCUCCAGUUUGGAUAGCAAGACCUACUUCCAACAUGGCCAACAACAGCCACGGAUUCUGGCGGAGGCCGAGCAGCAUUUAAUUCAGCAGCAAUCCUCGCUAGAAACAACUCAUCCACACCGUUUGGAGGCAAGCAUCUCCACAUCGACGCCACCUCCGCCUGUGUCGCCCAAAUUGCUGGCGCAUGGAGCACCAUAUCCGCAGGAAUCUCUUGAUGGUAACGCGCCAGAGGAUGAUGAGGAAGAAGAGGACACAUCCAUGACCAGUGACAAUGAAACAUUUUUGCGUUUGCUCGAGGAGCAGGAAAAGAUUAGCUUUAUGUUUCGCUGUGCCCGCAUUCAGGGUCUGGACACCUUUGAGGGUCUACUGUUGUUUGGCAAGGAGCAUUGCUAUAUUGUUGACGGUUUCACGCUGCUGAAGAACAGAGAAAUACGUGACAUUGACACACUUCCUCUAGGCGCAUACGAUCCCAUAAUACCAAACUCGGGUGGUCAGACGUCAUCCACAUCGCGUGCUGUAAGCCAAAAGUUGAGACAGUGCUCUAAGUUUGCCUACGAGGAGAUUCGUGAGGUUCACAAGCGUCGCUAUCUGUUGCAGCCCAUUGCACUGGAGGUUUUCUCCGAGGAUGGCCGAAACUAUUUGCUGAGCUUUCCGCGCAAGGUUCGCAACAAAGUGAACCAACGAUUCCUGGCCCUGGCCACUGCCCUGAAUGACAAUGCCCAGCAAUCGGUGGCCGGACAGAAGCGUACGGCAAGCGUGGAACAAACUUCCGGACUGUUUAGUGGUCUCAUCGGAGAAACAUCCGUAACUCAACGCUGGGUUCGUGGCGAAAUCUCAAAUUUCCAGUAUCUAAUGCAUUUAAAUACACUCGCCGGUCGUAGCUACAAUGAUCUCAUGCAGUAUCCGGUGUUCCCUUGGAUUCUGGCUGACUACGAUUCGGAGGAGCUGGACUUUACCAAUCCCAAGACAUUCCGUGACUUCUCACGUCCAAUGGGCGCACAGUCGGACGAACGCUUGGAGCAGUUCCAAAAGCGUUUCAAGGAGUGGGAUGAUCCUCAUGGCGAAACUCCUCCUUAUCACUAUGGCACUCAUUACAGCUCAGCCAUGAUCGUAUGCUCCUAUCUGGUCCGUCUGGAACCCUUCUCCCAACCAUUUCUCAAACUCCAAGGCGGUCACUUUGAUCUCGCCGAUCGCAUGUUCCACAGCAUCAAAGAGGCCUGGCUAUCGGCCUCUAAGCUGAACAUGGCUGAUGUCAAGGAACUGAUUCCAGAGUUCUUUUAUUUGCCCGAAUUUCUGAGCAAUUUCAACAACUUUGAUCUAGGCACCAAGCAAAAUGGUGAAACAUUAAAUCAUGUCAUACUCCCACCCUGGGCCAAACAGGAUCCCAGAGAGUUUAUACGGCUGCAUCGAAGUGCUCUCGAGUGCGAUCAUGUUAGCCAAAAUUUGCAUUUGUGGAUCGACUUGAUCUUCGGUUGCAAGCAACAAGGGCCCGCCGCUGUGGAUGCCGUCAAUGUAUUCCAUCAUCUCUUCUAUGAGGGCAAUGUGGACAUUUAUAACAUUGAUGAUCCGCUUAAGAAGAAUGCGACAAUUGGAUUCAUUAACAAUUUUGGUCAAAUACCGAAGCAGCUAUUUAGAAAAUCGCAUCCGGCCAAGAAAAUGGCCAACUCACGUCACUCGGCGUUGAUCGAUCCCACGGCUUUGAUACAAGGCAACAGCACCGUGCUGCAAACAGAUCGAUUGUUUUUCCACAAUCUGGAUAAUCUGAAGCCCAGUCUACAGCCCAUUAAAGAGCUCAAGGGUCCAGUGGGUCAAAUACUUCAACCGGACAAAACGGUGUUUGCUGUAGAGCAGAACAAGGUGAUGAUGCCACCGUCGUAUACCAAAUACAUUGCCUGGGGAUUCGCUGAUCACUCGCUGCGCGUUGGCCUCUAUGAUACGGAUCGGGCAUCCUUUGUGUCCGAGGCGGCGGCACAGAACUCCGGCGAGAUACUGACCUGUGCCUGUCCAAAUGCCAAGAUGAUUGUCACAGCCGGCACCAGCUCCGUGGUGACCAUUUGGAAGUUUGAUGCAAAUCGCAAGAGUCUCAGUGUAAGGCAUUCCCUACAUGGCCACACGGAUGCAGUCACUUGUUUGGCCGCCAGCGCAGCCUACAAUGUAGUUGUCUCUGGAUCCCGUGAUGGAACGGCGAUAGUCUGGGACAUGUCGCGCUUCACAUUCGUUCGUCAACUGCGUGGACAUGCGGGAGUCGUUGCGGCCGUGGCCAUCAAUGAUCUGACUGGCGAAAUUGCCACCUGCUCAGCCACCUGGCUACAUGUUUGGUCCAUCAAUGGCGAUGCUCUGGCCAUGGUUAAUACGUGCGUGGGCAGCGCUGAUCGCAUGCAGCAAAUACUUUGCGUAGCCUUUUCACAGAUUCGCGAAUGGGAUCAACAAAAUGUGGUCAUGACAGGCUCAACGGAUGGAGUUGUACGGAUGUGGUCACUGGAACACACUCAGGUGCCCAUUGAUCGUAAGCUCAAGCGGGGAGUGGAAGUCGGCUCCCAGGACAAGCCCGAGUCAGGCUCAGUAGAUGACAAUAAGGCUGAUAAGAUAAAUAUUUUCAAGCAAAUGAAGAGCCUCUCUCAGCCAGAACCGGAACUUGAAAUUGUAAAAUCCGCUUCGGAGAGCAGCAUUUCGGAGUCUUCACAGCACAGCAACGAGUCUAGUAAUUCUGCAGAAGCAAUUGCCCAACCGGAACUUUCAGAAGAGCGCCGAAAGAGCUCGAUUACGGGUGCCAAGUCACUGCAUGAAAUGAAAUCGGCAACCGUAGACGCACCGGGCUGCAGUUUAGAACAAAAUACAAAUGAAGAGGAGCACAGCAUUCGUCCUAGUAAAUCGGACACUAGUUUGACUGAUGGCUUCGUUUUGCUAGAUAAUGACAGACAUCGAGGCGAACAGGCGCUUAGAAAAGGCUUCAAAUGGCAACGUCAAUUAAUGUUUAGAUCCAAGCUAACCAUGCAUACGGCCUAUGAUCGCAAGGAUAAUGCCGAACCGGCUAGCAUAACAGCGCUGACGGUGUCCAAAGAUCAUAAGAUCUUGUAUGUUGGUGAUGCACGAGGUCGCAUUUUCUCCUGGAGCGUUACUGAGCAGCCGGGACGUGGUGUAGCCGAUCAUUGGCUGAAAGACGAGGGCGCAGAUCAGUGUGUUAAAUGUCAUGUGAAAUUUACUCUUUAUGAGCGGAAGCAUCAUUGUCGUAAUUGUGGCCAGGUCUUUUGCAACAAGUGCAGUCGUUUUGAGUCGGAAAUCUCACGUCUACGCAUUUUAAAGCCUGUUCGAGUAUGCCAGGCUUGUUAUAGUCAGUUGCGCACGAGUUCCCUGGACAACUAGAGACAUCAGUUGAAGCGCAUUGUGUACCUAUUAUUAGAUAACAAAUUGUAAUAACUGCGUUUACUUUCCUUAAAAAAAAUUGUAACUGUUAAAAGACGUUGGGGCAUUAAUUUAAAUACUUCUUAUUUAUUAUAUAAUUGUAUACGUAUUAAUUUAUAAUAAUUUUAACCAAAAAAUUGUGUUGCGCUAAGAACAACCAAAGGCUGUUAUAUGAUUUUAUAUACUUUUUAAUUUUAUUUAGUAAAAACAAAACAAGUUGCAAUAUUUUUUUAUAAAUAAUUUAUACUAUUUAUUAUACACUGAAUAAAACCAUAAUAAGCAUUGCUACAUACGCAGCAAUCAUGGACAAUUUGUAGUAUUGUAAUUGAAUUGUCUUGUAAUAUUAUAAAAAUAUUUGACAUUCGAAUCUAUUUUGUGUGAAUAGCGUCAAAAUUUGUAUUAAAUCUGACGAUCGCACAAAAGUAUUGUUAUUCAAAAAGUAUAAAAGCAUAAAUUAUAGGAAAUAUAUUGUAUGUAUGUACGUACCAGUAAAGAACAGAACCCAAAUCAAUAAUUAGCUUACCAAAUAUUGCAAACGAGCACCGCCACUUAUAUCAAUUAUAAUAAACUAAACAAAUUUGUAGACAGACUUUUAAUGAGCAGACAGAACACCAAAUUAGCACACAACACACAAACCUCACACAGAAAAUAAUAAUUUAAAUAAAUGUUUAUAUAUACAAAUUGGCAAAUUCUAAAGCCGAAAAUGUUAAUAAAAAGACACUUUACUUCCAAAUGAAUAAAAACAAUUAACUGAAAAGCAAUGAUAAAUGUUGAUGUAAUAAAUGGGUCCUUAAAGCAAUAUUCUAAAUUGCUAACUAACUAAACUGAUAAAUAUAAUAAAAACGUAAUAUAUGCUAAAUAAAAACGUAGUAAAUUAAAUUCAAGCUGUCAUGGACAAUUCAAGAUUAUUUUUCUUCACUUAUGAAAAUUACAUCUAAACGAUAAAUAGAAGUUUUUCAGCAUACCUCAAAUUAAAAUUCCACUUCUUCUAUGCUUUGGACCCCCCUUUAUGCUAUGACAGCAGGCUCUAAACUGAAAACUUUGUAAAUAUAAAAGACAAAUAAUGAAGUAAACAAUAAAAGAGAUUUAGAAGGAAUAUAAAUUAGCUAAAUAAAAUGGUCGUAGUGCUAAAAAAAGAUAUUCGGUAUUUUGUAGAGCAUCUACAUGUUGCAUUGAUAAUAAUUUACAAAUAUUGUAUACAUGUGACAGCUAUAUACAAAAAUAUUUCAAUUUAAAUAUAUAUAUGUACUUCUGUACUGUUUAUGCCCAAAAGCGUCUUGGGGAAUCCCCUAAAAAAUGCAACCCAAAUCACACUUUCAAAAGACUUGAAGCACAUCAAUAAACAGCACAUUCAACAACUAGUUAUACAACAUUUCAACAACUAACCAAAAAGAGACUUUAAGCAAAUAACUACAACAUUUCAAUGAGAAGCAAAAGUAAAAAAUUUCGAGUAAUUGAAGAAAAUACACGAUCCCCUAGCCAAUUAAGUCUUACAAAAGAGAACACCAUCCGCAAAAACAAAUCCGAACAAAAGCGAAAGUAAAUAACGAAAUUACUAUAAAUAUAAUAAACAAAAAUAUAUAUAUAUAUUUAUUGUUAGCUCGUGUAAUAUGCGAAAAGACAAAAUACGAUUCAAUAAAUUGGACAAUGUUAACAAAAA